CUUCUUUUUUCAAAUCCCGCGAACCCUAAAUCCGCAUUUAACCGAUUCAAGGAUUUACGUUGAAUCGCUCCCGUUCUCGUCCUCCUUCUACUGCAUCUGCCUUCCCUUGACUGGGUAGGAUAAGAUCCUCAUUGUUUAUUGGAGUUAUUUCCCUAACUCUGAACUUCUUUCCUUGUCAAUACUGAGAUCAUAAUUGAAGAUUUCAAUUCUUGUUUGUAUCUGAUCUUCCACGAUGUGUUGAGUCUUCAGCUGGAUUCGGUUUAGUUUCAGAUGAUUUGAAAUGGGUUCCGAUAGUGAUAAUGAAGUGAGUUCCAGGGGAGGGACUUCAGUUGCUGACGGUAGCGAUACCGAAAUUCAGGCCCUCGACACUCAGUCUCCUUCUUCGGUGUCCUCCGGUGAGAAACUCGAAGAGGACAAUGCUGAUGAUUUGCACGCGUUUCAGAACACUGUGCCGUUAGAUGAUACCAUUCCACUUGAAAUCUUCGCUGAAACCCAGUUGGUGGAUCUUGAAGGUGAAACCCAAGAAAUAGAAGAUUUAGAUUUGAUCGAAGAUGUGAAAACCCAGUUGUUGGAUGACUAUGAUAAAGAGCUAUCAUUUGACAGCGACGGUGAAGGGACAGAUAGAACUGAAAUACUGACUGAUGUUGACGCGGUUUCUGAUGAUGACUCUAAAAGAGGAAGUGGUGAUGAUUCUGUUGGCUCAGAAAAGAGGCAGCACAGUCCUUGUAAACAGGGUGCGAAGGACAUUAUACUGGACUCUGAUGCCUCGCAUGACGAGGAAGAAAGAUCAGUACCUGUACAAAGGAUAGCAUCGUCUUGGGCUUCAGGCAUAGCUUCUCAAAGCAAUAAUCCUAAGAGAGUCUACACUGUGCCUUGUUCUAACCCCAGUAAUAGUAAACCACAAAAAGGGCAUGCUCACAGGAAAAAUAAUAUGUCUAAUACAAUAGAUGCAAACUUGCCUCUGGACAAUGUAAGGAAGGUUGAUCAGAACUGUGAUACCAGGAGAUGCAACGAGAAUAUGCCAGUUAGAAAUGAUACCAAGAUCAGGGUGGGCAAUUCAACAGCAAGAAAGCUCUUUUAUGAGGAUAAAGUUGCUGGGAAUGAAAGAUCUACGAGUAAAAUUCAUAGUAUGGAUGGAGAAACAGAUAUUCCUCGUUCUGUUGCUUGUGAUCAUGAGUUUGCCGGGUUGAGUUACAUGGAGUCACAGGAACCUGGUGAGUUGUCACAAGCCAAUGCACUGGAUGUUGUGGAUAAGUUUCUCUCAGUUAACAAUGUAGAGUCAUCUCAAGAAGUUUAUCCUUAUAGAACAACGAAAGGAAAGUCACCUCCUGUAUCUAAUGCAAAGGGACCUCAAAGCUUGGUCAAGAGACAAAAUCUUAAAAGUCCAGUUAGAGAGACGGGAGUCUUUGACUGGGUUGACAGCCGUGAAGAUGAAGGAGGGGGAGAUUUCUUCUUGAAGAGGAAGGAUGCAUUCUUUGGAAGCACCGGACAGUGGAGAUCUCUUACCCAACCUCGAGACCCCAUGCGUCAGAACUUCAAAAGAGGCAGAGAUGUAGUUAGGACUAGAGAGAAAGAAGGCUUGAAUAACCUUCAGAAAAUAAUGGGUCUAAGUAAUUCAGAUUCCAGGCUAAUGUUGCAUACUUCUGAAGAGGUACAGAAACAAUCUGAUGAAAAAAAGGGCAUAGAGAUACAUGAAACAAAGAUCAAAAAGAAUCUUACCAAGGAGUUGGAUGAACAGCUAAAUGCAGAAUUUAUAGGAGAAAAGCUGGGAACACCUGAUACUAGUAGGAUUUCCCCAGACACAUAUGAUGUUGGCUUUGAUACUCAAAUGGCUGCUGAAGCUAUGGAAGCCUUAUUCUGUGGAACCCCUGCCAAUCAUGUUGCCAACGGUGCUUAUCAAGCUGAACCAAAAACAUUAGAAGGUCCUCCCAUAGGUGUAAAAAGAAAGAAAUCUUGUUCAGAAAACAUUUCCCUUCAGAAGAGGACUUAUCCUUCUGGUCACGAGCGAAUUACAGGACAGUCCAAACAAUCAAAUCUGGCUAAUACCAAAUUAAAUAAAAAAACAUCCACUUCAUGUCCAAAACCCUCUAGGAAAUCAAGAGUGCGGGAAUUGGAUCAAGACUCAGCAGUAAAAACAAAGGUGAGAAGGGGCAAUACAAAGGGUAAGCAGCAUAUAAAUACUAGGAGUGCUGCCAAUUGCAUUGAAACGUCAGGAACAUCAUCUAAAUUUGUCAAGCCAAGCAAGGCGGUGGAAUCUAUGGAUAAGACCUGCGUUAAAGAGGUUAACAAAUGUCAUAGUUCAUCCAUUUCAAAUGGGCAUUUCUCAUCUAGCAAAGCACAAUUGAAAGAGGGUUAUGGGACUUCCACACCCAUUGCUCGUCGAACUAGGCAGUGCAUGGCACUGAAUCCAUUGAAAAAGGCUGAAAAGUUAUCUGAUAAUGUCCAUCUAAAUAAACUAGAAGGUAAUGAUAUAGGUGUUAAUGCAGUGAAGUCAUUGACUUUAAAAGGAAAAGCAUCUAAAUUUGGUCCCAAUCAAAUUGAUGAGGUUAACAAAAGCAAGCCAAGUGAACAUAAGGUACCAGAACCAGACCUUGAUAAACAUCAUGAAGAAAUGACUGCUCCCACCAGCCAUGUGAAGGAAUGCAUAUUGAGCUGUCCCAGAAGGAUGAGAACACGUCGGAGCAUUUCAUCUCACUUCAAUGAAGUUGGUCUUCUAGAUGGCCCAUCCAUAGUUGUUAAAGGGAAAGAACCUAAAGAACAAUCCACAAUAUGGCGAAAAAGGUCAAACAGUGAUACUGGCAUUAAUUUCAACUUAGAUAUGAGGAAGAGAACACGAUCAGGUGUUUAUCCCCAUCCAUUUUUGCCUUUUCCAGAAAAGAGUUCUAAGAGAUUGAUGGGGCACAAACCAGGUUCGGACAGUGCUGGCAGCCAUUCUUUGGAUGUUGUGAAUCGAAAAGUAAUUCCUGGAGUUGUUGAUGCUAAAGUAUCCCCAGACUCAGGGAGUAAGAAUGAGUCUGUUGAAGGUGCAAAAGGAAAUGCCAAGUUUGUAGAAUCCCCAAAUGAGAAAGCAAAGAGACCUUGUUCAGAAUGUAGCACACCUGUUAAUGCCACUACACCAAUAAAUGCUGCAUCACCUGUUUGUAUGGGUGAUGAAUAUCACAAACAAUCAUGCAAAAACUUAUCAAAAUCAUUCCUCAUGAAAGAGCUUGUCAGAUUAGAUGCCAGCGAAGCAGUUCCUACUCCUGUAUGGAAAGAUAUGAGAAGAAGGAGAGACUUAAGUAGUAUUCGGGUGUUGUUUAGCCAUCAUUUGGAUGAGGAUAUCAUUAAGCAGCAGAAGAAGAUAUUGACCCGUCUAGGUAUAUCCAUUGCAUCCUGUUCUUCAGAUGCAACACAUUUUGUGGCAGAUAAAUUUGUCCGUACAAGGAAUAUGUUAGAAGCAAUAGCUCUUGGUAAACCAGUAGUAACACAUCUGUGGCUUGAGAGCUGUGGACAAGCUAGCUGUUUUAUUGAUGAGAAAAAUUACAUACUUAGAGAUUCCAAAAAGGAAAAGGAGAUUGGCUUUAGCAUGCCAGUUUCUUUGGCCCGUGCAUGCCAACAUCCAAUUUUGCAGGGCAAACGAGUCUUCGUCACCCCAAAUAUAAAACCUAGUAAAGAAGUCGUUGCAAGCUUGGUUAGGGCAGUUCAAGGCCAGGCAGUGGAGAGAAUUGGGAGAUCCGUAGUUAAGGAUGAUAAAAUACCUGAUGAUUUGCUGGUUCUUUCUUGUGAAGAAGAUUAUGCAGUCUGUGUGCCUAUCCUAGAAAAAGGAGCGGCAAUUUAUAGUUCAGAGCUUGUACUCAAUGGGAUAGUUAUUCAAAAACUGGAAUACGAGAGGCAUCGUCUCUUCGUUGACCAUGUUAAGAGGACUCGCUCCACAAUAUGGUUGAGAAAAGACGGUAAUCAAUUUCUUCCUGUAACUAAACGUAAAUAGUAACCCNCCCCCCCAAGCCUGUCUCUGUAUAAAUUGCAAUGUAUAAAGUUGGUUUCUCAGGAUAACAUAGAUUAUCAAGCUUUAUUACAAAACAUCUCUUGUAAUAUUUAAUAUUUAUUUCUACAUUUCUUUCUUUUGUGUUGGUGAA